AUGGAUGCGAAGGCUCAGGAGCCCGCCGCAAAGCGCAAGCCUCUGCUGCCUUCGUUGGUGAAAGCUAAGAAGAAGUUGUUGGAACAGGCUGAAGAGUCGGGAGUUCAGCUGAGCGGCGGCCUCGCUUCCGAUGAUCACAUUCCGCUCGAACAGAUAUUCGUGAAUUUGGCCUUUUUGUCUGAAAAGGAAUUGAAAAGAGACUUUGAUGAAGCGUUCUCGACGUAUGCUGAGAGUCGUGAACACGCAGUGCAAUUUAGCAAAGCCGAUCGAAUUGAAUUGAAGAACCUGUUUCGUGCCGCAGCGUCGAGUGUUGACGACGUUUCCCAUUCAAAAGGAAAAUCUGCACCAGCAGCUACAGCGACCGAGCGACCGAAUCUGUGUGGCAAGGUGUUACGGAAUGUACUGGCGUACGGAUCUGCUGGUAGUGGCAAGACCACAGUGUUUCUGCUCAUGGUUCUAUACCUGUGGAGCAGAGGCGAACUGUGGCAGGAGGAAUUCGAUCUGGUCGUAGGACUGGAGCUCCGUGAAAAAGAGGUGAGAGCUGCCACUAGUCUUGCUGAGCUGUUGGCUGUGAAACUGGACACCCUGGGCCUGUCGCAGACUGAGAUAUUGGAGCUUGCAAGCUACUUCGAAGACUCUCCAAGCCGUCUAUGUGUCAUCAUGGACGGCUUGGAUGAAUGUGAUUUCGCCAGCUGCAGUAAGUUCAUGAGACAUUUGCUGAAACGUGAGGGCAUGGUGAAGACACACGUGAUCGUCACAAGCCGUCCAUGCCAGGAUGCAUAUCAACUAUCGCAGUGUGGCAAAUAUCAGCAGAAGAUCCAAGUACUCGGUUUCUCACCGGAGAACGUGAGGGAGUAUGCAGAGAAGGUUCUCGGUAGACAGCGCGCUGAAAUUCUGCUGGCAGAGCUGCAGAGCAAGCCGGAUGUGUCAUGUCUUAUGGCAACUCCCAUGUUCGCAGCCCUAACAUGUGAGCUUUUCAAGAGCAACAAUGCCGUGUGGAAGUGCAGCGCAUCCCUGUACGAAUCGUUACUGCGCCGAGUCGUAGAGCGUGCUGGUGGUGCGGUUUGCGAGUCGAUUUCACUGGCACCCAGCAAAGUGGUCCAGUCGCUACAGGAACUGGGGCGUUUUGCGUUUCGCAUGCUGCUGGGGAAAAGGAUGGUGUUCAACACGGCUGACGUCAAGAACUCCCACUUGAGCAAGGAUGCAAUGAGCUUGGGUCUUCUGCAAACAUGCCAGGGCACAAUGUCUACGGACGUUCGGCAAUACCGCUUCUGCCAUCUGUCACUGCAGGAGUUCCUGGCGGCAUGGUUUCAGGCGGAAUGCGUGGUGAAAGAAAGACAUCACGCCAUUGCACUGGUACGGCGACUGGGCGCGUACGAUGGCCAUAUGGCAAUGUUCUGGAAGUUUCUCAUUGCUCUAUGCCCGGAAGACGUGUCGCUGACCAUCAUGGAGGAGCUAUGGCGUGUGCAGUGUGCGGAUCCCAUACCACUGGAUCCUAGCGGUGAGGCGGACGAAUCCACCCAACAAGCUAAUAGAUGGGCCAGCGACGGGCGACAGAAAUGGGCUUCCGACGGAGAGCUAUGGCGUGUGCAGUGUGCGGAUCCCAUACCGCUUGAUCCUAGCAGUGUCGCCGAUGUAGCCACCAAACAAGCUAACACAUGGGCCAGCGACGGGCGACAGAAAUGGGCUUCCGACGCGACGACGAAGGCCGCCAAACAUGCUGCUACUGCCGCUAGACGUGCUGACAUCGCCGCUAAGCUAGCCGAGGACAUGCGCAACGACUCAAGUGUCCUGACCGGUGAGAUGGAGAUGGCAAAGGUCCACGACCGUCUUUGCCAGAUACUGAAGGCCGAGCACAUGACAGUCCUCGCCGACAUUCUCCUCAUUCCUCGGCAUGACCGUGGCAAGGGCCAUGGUGGGGAACGUGUGCGCCGUUCCAUGCCCAUCAGCCGAGAGCCCACAGACGCGCUAUUCCUAAAGACUCUCCUGACGGUGUGGAUGGAGAACGGCAGUGUUGCAAAUGGCACUGUGCUGCUGGAAGCGCUAUCCCAGGUGGAUGCCGAGCUGGCGCGGCUGUGCGAGAGUCUCCUUCAUCCCGCUGCUAUGCUGCUGAGUCGUGAAUCCCUGCAAGCUGCUCCUUCUGGCAUUUCAGUGUAA